AUGCCGCCCUCGAUCCAUGCCCCGUCCGGAGAGACGGCCGCCCAGCCGUCUAGUAGCGACCCGCAGCGCGCCCGCAAGCGUCCCAAGAUCCGCCGCACCACCUUUGCCUGCGCCCGUUGCCACCGCCGCAAGAUCAAGUGCGAUGGCCUGAAGCCUGCGUGUUCCAAUUGCGUCCAGGCCAAGCAACCCUGCAAUGGUAUCCUCGACGGCGAGUCCAAGACGGUCAUCCCCCGCAGCAUCGCCCAGUACCUGCAGGAGAAGAUCCGGGAAAAGGAGCAGCUGCUCAAGAAGUUGGGUGUAGACACCGACUCAGACAGCGCCCCUCCAGCCCUCAGUCUCCACGCCAGCAACGACGGCUUGACCGCCACCUCGCCCCCACUCGCCGACUCGCACCCAGCGGACGCUCACAAGCCAGGUUUCGACCUCGCGUCCGAGACCGCCCGCAGCUUUGGCGCCGGUCUCAGCAAACAGCUGCUGGUCUCGCAAUCGCGUUUCCCCUAUGGCACCUUCCUCUUUGCAUCGUCGCACCUGCCCUCGGUGACCCCCGCUUCCGCCGACUACGAUUCCCGCAGCGACUACUUCAAAUCCAAGAACGGAACGAAUCCUCUCGAGCAGAUCCCCAAGGACGUCACUGAGCGCCUUGUCCGAAACUAUGUCGAGAGGAUCUCUCCACUCUACCCAUACUUUGACCGGCAGGAACUGUGGGCGCGGUACAACAGGGUUGCAAAUGCCCAACAGCAUGGAGAUAACUCGGCAAGCCAGCAUGACAUAUUCGUUGUGGCCAUGAUGAUCGCAAUCAGCAUCAUGACCUCGAAAUUCAGCGACUCCGCCAAGAUUGCUCUGUCCAGCGAGCGCAUCUUCCAGCACGCCCUUAGCCAUUCUGACACUCUCUACGAGAGCUCCUUCCGCAGCCUACAAGGCACUCUGCUCCUCAUUCAGUACUCAUACCUCAUGCCUCGGGCGGCAAGUCUGUGGGACAUCGUAGGUCUGGCUAUGAGAAUGGCAUUGGAGCUGGGGCUCCAUCGGGACCCGGACGAACUCCCGGGCCACAGUCUCACCGAAGCGGAGAUGGAGCUUCGCCGAUGUGUUUUUUGGGUUCUCUACAUCUUUGACCGCUCCAUCUGCGCCACCAGCCAUCGUCGUCUGGGCAUCGCUGACGAGUCGAUAUCGACCAAGUAUCCUUCCGGUUUGGACGGGACGUAUUUUCUGCAUAACAUCCACUUUCGACGCAUCCAGUCGGAACUUUGGACCGUCAACUACCUUCGCCGAGGAUUGCCACUCCUCCAAGAGGGGGGAAGCUACGAAAUUUGGGCGGACGACAUAGAGCAGCGGAUGCUGAGCUGGCGGAACGGGGUGACGGCCAAGAAAUCUAGUAAUCCGGAAUGGUACGACGUUGCUGUUUGGCAUGGCAUCGUCUUCCUCCACCGGCCGUGCCCCCGGAAUCCCUCCCCAUCUGCCAAAUCUCUUAUCAAGUGCUUCGAGGCUGCGACUGAAGUAGCUGCGGGCUACUGGGAAAAUGCUCACAGUGGAUUUCUCAAAUACAGCUGGCAUGCUGUGCACCAUGGGUUUGAAGCUGCCAUUGCCAUGCUCUACGCCAUCAGGCACUGUAAGGAGGAAUUGAAGGAGCGCCAUGGCACCCGCAAGAUCCUAGAGACGGUCCAUCUCUUCUCUUCUCUGUUUGUCCUUAUGAGUGAACGCUGGUCCCAGGCUCAUGCGAGCUUAGAGUCAUACGAGCGUUGCAAGGCGGUGGUGAUGCGUGAGCUGAUGCGGACAGGAGUCGCGCCAUCUCCGACGGAGAAUGACGAGCUCGACCGCAUGAUCUUGCCGCAGCAAGCUCAGUUUACGCGAAUCAAGAAGGAAGGCGACUCGACACGGAGUGAAAGUAGCACUCCGGCCUCGGCCACGCCUUCGUCAGAUGCACCCUCCCGCCUGCAACGCAAGCGAUCCUACAUACAACAACAACAGCUCGAGGAGGCUGCGCUGAGCGCCGUCAUGGCCCCGGCCAAGCCAUUGCCCAUUUUGCCCGGCUCACAGCCGCCGCUACAGCAGCAGAUUCCGCGGCGUGAGUCGGAGCCUGCUUCCACUGCAGGUCCACGGCCCCAGAUGCCCAGUCUCUUGAGACAUUCUUCAAUGCAAGCAGUGCCGUCGGUUCCCUCGUCGCAGAUGGCGUGGCCAGGACCAACGGUGCCGCAAUUGAACCAUCCACAGCAGCAACAGCUGUUCCCUGCCAAUCAUAUGGCGGUGGCAGAAGAGCAGAAUUUAUACCAAACCUACGAGUGGAACACGUCCGGACAGGGACCGCCGAAUGUGGGCAUGGACUGGGAAGAUAUGGUGGGUCAGCCGGAUCAGAGUGGUGUCGACGGGAUGAUGCUUUGGUCGAUGUGA